AUGGAGAAGGUUCGGUUCCAUGUGGCGGCAGCGAUAGCAAAUAUUGCUAUGAUCCCACGAUUGGGGAGUCCGUGUUGCAUGCAAGAUUAUGGAUACUGUGGUAUAGGAGAUGUAUGCGCGUCGAUUGAGGGUUAUUGCUGUCACAAGGACGAAAACGAACAAGUCUGUAUGCUCCGUCUCGGCAUCAGCGACCCCGGUGGUUUCACACUCGACCCCAAUUCUGAUUUCGAUUCCGAAGACGCAGAGUCCGGUUUGACAUCCGUCUCAUCCUCCUCAUCGGCUUCUCAAUCACAAUCAGAAUCGCAAUCAAGCACGGAAAUGAAGUCGGAUGAUGAAUCGACUGAUUCUGACCUCGAAACCGAAUCAGAUGAUUCGGACGGUGACUCCAGUCCACCCAUGUCCAUGCUAAUGAAUACAUUGAACUCGGGUCCCCUCGCCGACGAAGAUGCAGAUGCAGAUGCAGACGAAGACGAAGACGAAGACGAAGACGAAGACCCAGACUCAUUUUUGGACUCGGGAUCAGAUGUCGAUGCUGACACGGGAACUAAUGUGCACCCUGAAUCCACCGCCGUGGUUUUGAGUCUAGGGACUGCAGUAGCGUCUGCGAUGCCCUUUGCCAUGACGAACACGGGUGGGGCUUCUAGUGUUCUAGCUUGGGAUGCUUCGACGCGAGUCUUGUCUUCGGUCGUAGUGGAGACUAGUAGCGCUACUGCUGUGAAUAAUGCUAAUGAGCCGACAUCAUCGGCUCUUCCAUCGCAAUCUAUUUCCGAGGGGCUUAAUGCCAGCGCGACAACUUCUGGCAUUGAUGGAACUUUCACCGGUGGGGCGAUGCGGAUUGGGAGGGAAUCGGGUUUGGAAGGAGGGAUGGCAAGGAGCUGGUUGAUUUGCGGAGUGUCUUUUGUGGUUUGGGUUGUGUUGUGA